AUGCUUUGCUCGAUGGUUACUCUCAAGUGUGUGUUUUUCCCUUUUCCGCUAGUUUGCCCACCUUUCUUUUCCAUCUGCGUGCUUUCGUUCAACAUGGACCGUGGUGCCUUGCAGCAGGAGUAUCUUCGACGGAGAAAGUUGAACACUUUCCAGGAGCGCCGCAAAGAAGGUCGCACAGCUUACACCAAAGCUUCCCGCACAGCCAUCAUUGUUGGUUCUUUGGGUUGGAUCUUCAACAUCAUGGCCAUCGUCCUUCCCAACUGGCGCUCUAGCUGGGUCGCGCUCAUCGGAUAUGGUACCAGAAGGAACUGGGGCCUGCUUUACGUCCAGGGCCGGCAGACGACCUUCCACCAUACCAUGUACGACAACAACUGCAAGUGGUAUGGUCAUCUGAUGCUCGGCAAUUCCUGCCUCUCACCAAUUUGCAGAUGGUACCUUCUGAAAUGCAAUUCCUAUUUCGAGCUGUGCCUCUACAGCUAUAGUGCAGCCCUGAGAAUCAUUAUCGGGACAAUCGUGCAAACGUUGUGUCUGUAUUGGACGGUUGCACUGACAACUCGAACUUUGAGAUGGGCAGCGAACUGGUGGCCGGUGGCUGCGAUGCUGAACAUUGCCGGUACAGUUUUCUGGAUAAUCAUGACAGAGGGUAUUUUCGAGGAUCUGAACGAAGAGUCCUGGUAUCCUGUUCCACCACCCGGGUUGUCCUUCAUUCUGGCUUGCGCUAGCGCAGUGCUUCAAAUGGUCAACGCUUUCUUGGGCUACACACUGCACUACAUGUGGCCGGAGGUAGAUCCGGACAAUCCCGACCAGUUCGAUUCCGGAACAGAUUCGGAAGACGAGGACGCCGAGGAGUUGGACCCAGAUGAGAAGCAGGGUGGAUACUGGGGCUAUGGCGGGUAUGGUGGCUACGGUGGAGGUGAUGCUGCUGCCGAUGGUCUGGUCGUCAUGGCAGUUGGCAAGAACAAGCGCCUCACCAAAGGGGGGAAGAAAGGUGGCAAGAAGAAAGCAGGUGAUCCCUUCUUGAGGAAGGAAUGGUACGACAUCAAGGCACCGAGCAUGUUCAGCGUGCGGAAUUGUGGCAAGACGUUGGUGUCCAGGACACAGGGUACGAAGAUUGCCACGGAAGAGCUUAAGGGCCGUGUGCUGGAGGUGAACUUGGCGGAUUUGAACAACGACGAGGACCAGGCUUCCAAGAAGGUGCGUCUAUGCAUCGAGGAGGUCCAAGGCCGAAGUUGUUUGACAGACUUUCAUGGCAUGACGCUGACCCGAGACAAGAUCUGCUCCCUAAUCAAGAAGUGGCAGACGCUCAUAGAGGCCCACGUGGAUGUCAAGACUACUGACAACUAUAUCGUUCGCAUGUUCUGCAUCGCUUUCACGAAGCGCCGACCAGAGCAGGUCAAGUCCAACUGCUAUGCGCAGUCUGCACAAAUUCGCAAGAUUCGUCGCAAGAUGGUUGAGAUCAUGACGCAAGAGGCAAGCAAAGUCCAGCUGCGAGAGCUGGUCAAGAAACUCAUACCCGAAUCCAUUGGCAAAGAGAUUGAGAAGCAGACGCAGGGAAUCUUCCCGUUGAAGGACUGCUUGAUCCGAAAGGUGAAGAUCAUGAAGAAGCCAAAGUUCGACAUCACCAAGCUAAUGGAGCUUCAUGGAGAUGGUGGCGAUGACGUCGGUGUUGAGAUGAUGCGCCCCGAGGCGGAGGAUGCCAUGAACACCUUGUCGGCUGAUGUGGCAGCUGCCGAUGACGUCAGUGGUACUACAAAGACAGCUAUGGGGAAGUCCAGGGUCCGUUUCCUACAUCCAAGAUGCGACAGUGGGUUGGCGCAGGCCACAUUGGUGCCCAGAUUGAGGCUAGAGCCCUUGACGAAACGGACUUUUCCCCAAUCGGAGACGGCUCUCGACUCGUGUGAAGUUGUGAAGAAGAGCUGCUGUGGUCGACAAGCAUUCAAGCCGGAUGCGCCAGCAGCGAAAAGGGAUCAGAACUGCUUCGCAUGCAUCCAGGGUCGGGAAAUGUUCAGCACCCAAUUCACACAGAGUUGUAUUGAUGGAGACCAGCCAGAAGGCAUGGCGUCGCUACGAUCAAGCAAAUGGGACUUUCUUCAGGAUGAACCGGAGCUGGACGGGGAAGAAGGCGAUUUUUCGCAAGCCAGUAGCUUGCGCGAGCAGGCAAAUGCUUUGAGCCACCAUGCACGCCAAGAGCAGGAGCCGCGGCGACGGCAGCAGCAUCUUUGCGAGGCCCUGGGAAUGUAUCGCAAAGCCGAUGCGCUGCUGGGGAACCGCUGCAAGGAGUCCAGGGAAGCUUGGCGCUUGGCGCUUCAAUGCCGUCUCAAUGCAGCUUGCCUUGCCAUGCAGGUUGUUGCGCUCGCCGGAGUCGACGAAAGACAGCAGGCCGAGGUGGUCGCCACUCACUUUGCAAACGCUGCGUUGGAAAUUGAUCCAGAGAAUCCUCAUGCAGCACUCAUCCUGGCGCGAAGUCAGAGGGGCUUGGCCGAGCAGCAUCUCCGCAAUGCGCAGGUUUGGGCGCAGAAGCGAAAGGAUGAGGACGCAGCUGAGCAAGCCGCAGAAUUGGCAAAGAGCUUGCGGCCCGGAUGGCAGACGCAGGUUGAUUCGCCGUCCGUUUGGGUGCAGAAGGGAGCCGAACUCUUCAAGCGAGGUCAAACAAAGGAGGCGGAGUGCUUGUUGAGGCGAGCAGUCGAGUACAUCGACCGGAAGGAGAACGGGGGUCCAAUAGACUCUCUUUCGACACGAGCUGCACGUGCGCUGGCGUUUGAUGCGCUGGAGGUGUUGGCAGAGUGUCUGGCGGCCAGGAGAGACUUCGAGGGUUCCCUUCGAUGUGGCCGCAGAGCUGCGGAUCUGCUUGAAGUGGGUGUCUCUCAGGUUCCUUUCACGGAGCCCGAGUGUAGCAGGCGAGAAGGCCUGCUGUACCUGUCGUUGGGACAUGCUUCCGAAGCUGCCGGUGAGAAGGAGGCGCUCUCCUUCUUCCGACGAGCAGCUCAAGCCUUGCAGAGGUCCAACUCGCCUGCCUUGGAAGGGACGGCCCUGCUUGAGUUUGGUCUCCGCCUGGCUCAGGACUUCGAUGCUGGAGAUCCGAAUGCUGCUGACUUGGCCAUGCCAACCUUGGAGCGUGCGAUUGAAAAGCUGAAGCUUGCGCACGGUCAGCAGCUGAAAGGAACGAAAGAUGAUCGCGUUGAGGUCGCGAGUUCGCAGAAGCCGGCAGUCGCUUCCGAAAGACUUCUGAGGAGACAGCUCCAGGCACAGGUGGCAGUGUGCUCGCUCCACCUGUCUCUGGGAGACUCUGCAGCGGCGGAGGAGGUGUUGAAUGAAUCGCGACACCUUGUUGAUGCUGCGGACGAUGGUCAGUCGGCGACUCGCUUGGAAUGGGCCCGCUUAUGCGGUCAAUGGGCCUUCGCUGCCGCACAGGUGGGACGAUUGGCAGAGGCCGAGGAGGCUUUGCGAGCAAAGUGGAAGCGAGCAGGUGGCAAAGACCCAGAGUGGGGCCAAGACGGCUCUGACCUGCAGUUGCUGGAGUGCUCUUCAUGCCAAGAUCCAGAAGCCUUACGAUUGCAGCAAGAGGCGCUGCAGAGCCUCGCGCUUGUGCGACAGAAGGCUUGCGAUGCCGUGGGUGUCGAGGACGCCAUGUCCCGCCUUAGCAGAGCCACGCCGGAAAGAAGCAGAGGUGAUGUGCAGAAAGAGAUGCAACAUCACCUUCAACGCCUUGCCCGUGAAGAGAGCACAAGUCCCGAGCCAGUUGCUGACUUGCAGGAAUGCGACAAGAAGGCAUCCAAGGCAUCACAAACGUUACUUCUGCAAAAGGGUGCUUGGCUAGCAGGUCUGAGCGCUCUCAUUAUCGAUCAUUGCCAGCACUCGUUCGCCGUGCUCUCCUCAUCCAGCGGUGAUGUGGCGAGCGCGCAAAUUGCUUCGAAAUGUCUAGAGAAGCAUGCCGAUCUACAAACUGCAAGAGGUUGUAGUGGAUGGCAAGCAGAAAGUCGUUUGUGUCCAAUCACUCAGCUCUCAAACCUUGCCCAAAGCAAGACGUCGUUGAAGCACCUCUUGCUGGAUGCCAUGGCGCCAGUGCAAACGGAUCCCACUUCGGUUUCUGACCCACCGCAUCCCUCCUCUUGCGAGCCUCCGCCGCCCUUCGUGCGAGUCAUCUCACUGGGCUCCAACUGCUUGACUGCAAUGUGGUUGCAGCACAAUGGCUGGAGAAAGUCUGCAAUGCCCUUUGACUGGGUCUUCUCCUCUCCUGCUAUGGUGAGGGAUUGCCUGCAGGAUGACUUUCGCAGCUUCUUGGAUCCUCGCGAGUACCGGCCCUUCGGCAAGCGAGGUGCGGGCGCCGGCCACGCGCGGUACUCGGAGCUGCGGUUGCCUGGCCGCUGGCCCAACUUCACCUUCCUCCACCACGAUCCCUCGCGGAAGCGACAGGAGAACCUGGAGAGUGUGAGGAAUGCUACACCAACAGACGGGCAAAGUGACGGGACAGACUCAGAGAUGUUUGAGGUCCACUUGCCCACAGGUGCAGCAGAAGACAUCGACCCUUUCAAGUUUUUCGAGGAUGAAACCCAAAAUGCAGCUUUCGCUCAAGCGGCGCUGGGCAGGGCUGAAGUAUGCUGUGAGAAAGAUGAGCUUAUCUGUGAUGGUUUUGUACCAGACGGCUACCGGGACGCUGCGGAAGCAAACUCUGCCCAGAGUGACGACACGUUCCUUUGUCGCUGGUGCAACUUGAAGUUCGAGAGCCGCAACAAGCUCUUCAUGCACCUGCGAAGUAGCGCUGCGUGCCUUCAGCGCAUGGAGUCGGACUCCGUGGACUUACUGAAGUCGAUGACGGAGAAGGCGAAGGCCCAGCCUAAGCCUUACGCCUUUUUGUUGGGGAGCCUGGGCCAGGGUUUUUCAUUGUCGGAGGCUCUGACUUCGUUGGGUGCACUGGGAAUUGACGUUCAGGAUCUCGGCGAUUUCUCGUGCCCUGCGGUCGGAAGAGUGUUGCUUGCCAGUUUCUCCUGUGCACUUGCUGGAGAUGCCUUGAGGCAACGUCUAUUGGCCAGGUUGCACGAAAUGCCACUCACGACGCUGCAUUCACUCGUUCAGCUGAAGAAAUCGCAACUUAUUGACUUACAGAGCAGUUUGGUGCAGCGGCAUUUCGCCUAUCUCUUGGAUGUCGUUGCACUCACGAGCGGAAGCGAGACAUGUCCCAACGACUUCGAGGAGUUGCGACCGAAACUGAAACGGCUCAAGGAGGCCAUGCAGGAAAUUAAGCUGUUGCGGAGAGAGACUUCACGCGAAGGCUCCGCAAAAGAUGAGGAACUCAAGAUGGUCCAAAGGCUGUCUUUGCACGGAAAGCCAUAUGUUCUUGUAAGAAUUUCAGGGGAUGCAUCUCUGUCCGAGUAUGCCUGCUGUGUGUAUAUGGCAGUUUCUUUGGCAUCUUUUCAUGGAUGGCACCGGCGUCUGUCACCCGCUACUUCCACCGACAUUCCCGGAUUGCCUUCGGAUUUUCUGUAUUUCGAGGGCUACCGCUUCAUGCAGCACGACAAGCGCAACGGACCUGUAUUUGGAAGGGGCUACCUGCCAUGGUCUUCAGACGAUGCCUCUGGUGUAGUAGAAUGGAGGACAAGGCUGCAAGAGCAUCUGACGAAGCUGUCCACGGUAGACUGGCAGCAGGUUUUAGAAGAGCUUCGGACCGCAACACUCAAGCUGCCAGACACGGAAAGGGAGCUGCCCGGUGGCCGUCGGUCUGUAGAUGGCAAGUCCACCUUUCGUGUUCCAGACCACGUUGAGCUUGUAAAGAAGGUCGGCCUCACACUCGGUUCUGGGGCGUAUGGCUGUGUGGCCUCGUUCCAGGACAAGAAAACGGGCGAGAAGUUUGCUGUUAAGAAAGUCACGAAUGCAUUCGAUGACUUGGUUGAUGGCAAAAGAAUACUGCGUGAGGUGAAGCUUCUGAGGCAGCUGGAUCACGACAAUAUCAUCCGAAUCAUGGACAUGUAUCCUCCACCCUGUCCGGACUUCGAGGAUAUCUAUAUCGUCACAGACCUCAUGGAGACAGAUCUCCACAGAGUGAUCUAUUCCAAGCAGCCUUUGACAGAGGAGCACCACCAGUAUUUUCUGCAUCAAAUACUCCGUGGCCUGGCAUACCUGCACAGCGCCCACAUCGUGCAUCGCGAUAUCAAGCCCUCGAAUCUUCUGGUCAACAAGAACUGCGACCUGAAGAUUUGUGACUUCGGCCUGGCACGCGUUUUGGCUACGGAUGCGGAGGACUCCAUGGGGCGCACGGACUACGUGGUUACCCGCUGGUACCGCGCCCCCGAGGUCAUGUUGGUGUCCUCUGACUAUACUGUCGCCAUUGAUGUUUGGGCUGUGGGCUGCAUCCUUUUCGAGCUGAUCUCGCGUAAACCCUUAUUUGCAGGCAAGGAUCACGUCGAUCAGUUGCGGAAGAUCAUCAGUACCCUCGGCACACCAUCAGAGGCUGAAAAGCAUUGGUUGCCGGAAGAGGGCACAGCUCGCUCGUUCCUGAUAAAGUGCGCUCCCGCGCCGAAGGUAGAGUGGAAGAGCUUGCUUCCCACGGCCAGCGACGACGCGAUAGAGGUUGUUUCCAAGACCGUGACCUUCGAUCCCACUGCACGCAUUAGUGUUCCUGACACAUUGAGACUCAAGCAGGGGCCUCAGAUCUCUCGUGUUCUAGACUGGAGUUGUGCGAGGUCGAAGCUGGCAAUGUUGUUCCAGGGCAUCUUAUGA